AUGUUCCUCUCAAUAGAUUCCGACCUUUCAUCAUCAACAUUAUUCCAAGUGAAAGGAGCACCCCUUUCAAUUUCUUCUCCACAAUAUUGUGAUUGUGAAACAUUGUUUGCACCGAUCCGAAUUCUGGAUCUCAACAACACUGUCGAUUGUUUGGAAUGGGAAUGGCUUCCAUCCUAUGAAAAUGGUACACUCAUUUCCAACACACAUUUAAAGAAUGAUUCAUCAGCAAUGAAUUCAACCUUGAAAAUUAACUCAACGACAACUCAAAUGAAUGGCAAUUUAACUCUGAAUGAAGAUAAAUUAAAGGAGACUGUCUCAAAUAGACUAAAUGGUGCGAUUGGAAACACUGACAACAAACUUGGAGGAGGAGCAAUUGCAGGUAUUGUGAUUGGUUCAAUCGUCGGACUUAUUUUGCUAGUGUUAAUCACACUUGCCAUUAUUGGGUUUGCAAUCUUCAAAUCGAAAUAUAGAAAUGCAAAAUACUUUGUUCAUGACGUGAGUGGAAAGAAAAGUUUCUCAGAUCUUUCGGCUGAAAUCAUGAGAGCAGCUGAGGAAGAUUUUGCCUCCCAAGUUCAGCAAGUGGUGAGUGAGGGAGAGGACAGUGAUUCAAUGGCAAGCGGCGUCGAAGAGGACGCACAUUUUUAUGAGGACGAGUUUGUUGUGGACCAUGAUGAACAGUUUGAAUAUUAA